AUGUUUAGGAGGUGGAAACCUUUGGUAACAUUGAUUGCUACUGGCAUAAUUGUUUCUGACUUGCACUUUGGGCCUUUUUUAAGAAACUGGUGGCAUGUUAGAACGUCACAAGAGAAUGGAACAAAAAUUGAACAAUACUACCCCUUUCGAGUUAGAAUGAAAACACGAUUUUUAUGUGAAUCUUUGUUAGAAUCUAACGAAGAAGUUGAAAAUGACCCUACAACAUUAAUGAUGGGUAUGAAAGACAAUAAUAUUUUAGAUGAACUUGCAGACUUAUCCUUUCAACCUUUCAUGAUAAAAUGUGCUUUAUUUUUUCAAACUAUCAAUGAAAAUGGAUGUUCCAUUCGUAUUUACAAAGAAAACCAAUUGUCGGAAGAAUUUCAUGGGUUAGAUCCUAAUAGCGUGUAG